AAUUUAUAUAUUCUGUAGUAAAAACGGUGAGUACGGUACUUUAGUGAAUAUACGUUUGCGACCGUAGGAAAGGACGAAGCGACUAAAAACAUUAAGGAACGGACAGUGACGUAAGACAGUAGAAGUGCGCAUGUGCACUCUAACGAUUUUUUUUUUUUUUUUUUUGGAGGAUGUUUCUGGUGACGUUUCGCCACCAACGAAAAUGUUUACUCCUUACUUGUGUGUGUUAUGUUUAGUGGUUAAGUUCAAGGUUUUAUGGUUGAUUUUCUAGAUUAGAGUUAAGAGUUAAGUUUAGGGUUGGAAAUAAAAGUCCGCAUGCGCACUCCGUGGAGUUUACGACAGUGUCCUUACCUCGCUUGUUCCCUCGGCAACGUCAGAACAAAGGCCUGCCCCCUUUUUUCUGUCAGGAUUUCUCUACCGCCAUCGUUACUCUGCACUGUAAUUACGAUUACUAAACCGGAUUACGAUACUUUUAUUCUAUUUAAAGACCUAAAAGGCAUCAGACGCGGCGUCUGAAAUGGACGUGGUGCACAAUGAGACCGGUGGAGAGACUAAAUCCGCCAUGCACACUUGGCGUUACCGCCACCAUUUCACGUACAAGGCAGAUCAGGGCAAAAAUAUCAUCGUCCAAUGUAAUCUGUGUCUGCCGAGGGUUAAUCUGCUGUCCACGUCCAAGACCUCAACGUCGAACCUCAAGAAGCAUUUAGACAGAACACAUCUGGGCUGUGAAGCCAGGCCUGAUGCCAAGAGGGGGAGGAAGAAGGAAGAGCACAAUGGUGAGGAAAGUAGACACUGCCAGCUGAAGAAACUAAAAGCAGAGAUUAUCUCCAAAUGCAUGACUCAAGCAAAGAUAGACAAUCUCAUCUUCAGCUUCAUCGUGGAAGACUGCCAGUCGUUUUACGUGCUGGAGCAGCCUGGCUUCAGGAAGCUGAUUGCGGGUUUAACCGAAGGGCUGAAGUCCAUGGACAGGGUGACUUUGUUCACCAAGGUGGACCUGGGUUUCUCCAGGAUGCGGGAAGAGCUCAUGGCCAAACUCGCCUCUGUCCAGUAUGUGUGCACCACGGCCGACGUCUGGACGGCCAACAACAGGAGCUUCUUCGGGAUGACCUGCCACUGGAUUGAUCCAGAUUCAUUGGAGAGGAAAUCUGCUGCUCUCGGGUUCACACGGCUGCAGGGCCGGAUCACGUAUGACACCAUUGCCGGGCAAAUUCAUGACAUCCAUGGGGCGUACAACAUUGUAAGUAAAGUUCAGACAACAGUCACAGAUAACGGGAGUCCUUUCAACAGAGUUUUUAAAGAAUUUGCACUGGAAAGCAAGGAAGGCGAUGAUGACAUUGGGUUUUUUGAAAAUGUCAUUACCUUGCUUGAGGGUGAGCCAGAACAAGACAUGCUCCUGUUUCUGCCAACUGUGCAGCGCUGUGCGUCACACACUCUGGAUCAGAUUGUCAAUGAUGACUUUUGGCAGGCGGUGUCACAAGGGCCCAUGUGUCAGCUGCACUACAGCGCAAUGGCUAAAGUGUUUACCAUAUGGAGCAAAUGCCACCACCUUCAGAUUGGUAUGGACGCAGCGGACGAGAUCGGAAAAAUGGCGCUGGCUGUCCCCGCUGUCAUACGCUGGAACGUGGAGUACUGCGCUGUGCAGAAAAUUGUCUCCCUGACCGAGCGGGAGCUGACAGAACUAUGUGCCCGCUUCGAGGUGGUGCGCCUGCAGCCAGAGGAGAUGGCGUUCCUUAAAGAGUACGUUGCUGUCUUCCACCCACUUGCCUUUGCUCUUGAACUCUUCCAAGCUGAGCAAAAAUGUUACCUCGGAUUGGUCAUCCCAACUGUGCUCAGUCUGAAGAACAAGCUCAACGAGCAGAAAGCCGGGGCUCAUUACCUCGCUGAUGUCAUCAACGCCAUUGUGGUGGCUAUUGAUGUUCGAUUCCAAGAGCUCUUCGCAAGUACGGAAGCUAAGAUUGCAACAGCCACGACGCCUCAGUUCCGCUUGUGGUGGAUGGCUGCGUCAGAGAGAGAGGAAAUGUGUUCUUUGCUGGCUGCAGAGGCGGCGCAGACAGAACCCUGUCACGAAACUGAGGCGAACACCAGUCGAAACCUUUUGACCAUCGAAUCUGAGGAUGAUUUCUUCAGUUACGGGCCCGUGAAGACGGCCGGUCAGAACCAGCAGCGGGGUGUGAUGGACGAGAUCCGCAAGUACCUUGAAGGGACAGGGAAGAGUCUGGAGUGCCUGCAGGACUUCCCCAGAGUCAAGCAGCUUUUCCUUAAAUACAACACCACGUUGCCCUCCACAGCCCCCGUCCAGCGUCUCUUCAGCCAGAAGGGCAACCUGGUGGCCACACAGAGAAACUUUCUGACUGACGAUUACUUUGAACGCAUUCAGCUUUUGAGGUACAACAGCAGUUUGUGGCCUGUGGUGCCAGAGUGAACAGGAACCUCACUCUGACAGAAACACUAAUAUCAGACGUUUUCUAGUGUACCUGCCCCCCUCCCUGAUCUCACAGCAAAUAUGAAAUAUCCCUUGACAAUCAUGACGGCGACAACAAAACCAGGUUAUAGUCUGUGCUAGUAGCCACGGCGUUAAAGUGAAGUAAUUGCAUCUUUUAGAUAAGCUAAUUUGUUUAUUUCUUACAACUAAUAAUGAAUAUCAUUUCUCUUUUCUGUAUGUUUUGUAAGAUAUAUAAAGAUACAUGAAAAAGUGUUUUGUGUUUUACAAUUUUUAUGCAAACUGACUAGAGUGUGAAGAGUACGGUGGCUGAGAUAGGUCACAAUGCUUCCAA